GACGUCAGGGCGCGGUGACGUCAGUCGGCGGCAACGAGCAGCAGCAGCAGCAGAGACGGAGUGACGAAUGAGUCGAAUGUGGAAAUGGCGGAUAGCGAGACGGGCAGCAGGCCGCAGCGCGUCGAACAGCCGUACGAAUGCCUGGAGUGCGGAAAGAGCUUCAAGUGGUCCUCCCGCCUGACUCACCACCAGCGGAGUCACACGGGGGAGCGCCCCUACAAGUGCUCGGAGUGCGGCAAGGCCUUCAAGGGUUCGUCCGCCCUCCUGUACCACCAGCGGGGCCACACGGGGGAGCGCCCCUACAAGUGCUCGGAGUGCGGCAAGGCCUUCAAGCGCUCCUCCCUGCUGGCGGUCCACCAGAGCGUCCACACGGGCUUCCGGGCCUUCAAGUGCGGCCUGUGCCCGCUGAGCUUCAAGUGGUCGUCCCACUACCAGUACCACAUGCGGCAGCACUCGGGCGAGCGGCCCUACGCCUGCGGUGAAUGCGGCAAGACCUUCAAGAACUCCUCCAGCCUGUCCCGGCACCGGCACGUCCACACGGGCGAGAGGCCCUACCCGUGCCCGCUGUGCGGCAAGGCCUUCGCCCAGUCGGCCAACCUGAGGCAGCACCAGCGCACCCACACCGGGGAGCGGCCCUUCCGCUGCGAGGAGUGUGGCCGGGCCUUCACCCACUCCUCCAACCUGCUCCUCCACCGCCGCACCCACUCCACCCUGCCCUCCGCCCUGCCGCCCCCGCCCAGCCCCUCGGCUGCCUCUCCUGCCGGCUGGACUUCCUCGACGCCCCCUCCCUCCGGCUCCACCUCCGCUCCGGCACGUGCCAGGGGCAGCCGCCGACCCCGGCCCUCCCCCCGCCCCUUCCGCCGGUGCCCACGCCGCCUCCGCUGGCCCUGCCGCUCCCGCUCCACGAGACGGAGGCGGCCCUCUCCCUCUCGCUCUCCCCAGCCGAGGAGGGUGGUGCUGCAGGCCACCGAGACUGAGGUGGAGACGGUCCACCGCUGCGACGUGUGCCAGCGGGCCUUCAAGGCCCGCGCGGCCCUGUCCCGGCACCAGCGCUCCCACCGGGCCCACCCCCGGCCCGACAGCGCCCCCGGGGAGGGGCCCAACUCCCCGUGCCGCCCGCCGGAGGCCGAGGGAGAGAGGGCGGAGGCGGGAGGGGCCGGGGGGGGCCAGGGGGCGGCGGCGGAGGCGAGUGACAGGCCCUACAAGUGCUCGGAGUGCGACAAGGCCUUCAAGGGGUCAUCGGGGCUGCGCUACCACCAGCGGGGCCACACGGGGGAGCGCCCCUACAAGUGCUCGGAGUGCGGCAAGGCCUUCAAGCGCUCCUCCCUGCUGGCGGUCCACCAGAGCGUCCACACGGGCUUCCGGGCCUUCAAGUGCGGCCUGUGCCCGCUGAGCUUCAAGUGGUCGUCCCACUACCAGUACCACAUGCGGCAGCACUCCGGCGAGCGGCCCUACGCCUGCGGUGAAUGCGGCAAGACCUUCAAGAACUCCUCCAGCCUGUCCCGGCACCGGCACGUCCACACGGGCGAGCGGCCCUACCCGUGCCCGCUGUGCGGCAAGGCCUUUGCCCAGUCGGCCAACCUGAGGCAGCACCAGCGCACCCACACCGGCGAGAGGCCCUUCCGCUGCGAGGAGUGUGGCCGGGCCUUCACCCACUCCUCCAACCUGCUCCUCCACCGCCGCACCCACUCCACCCUGCGGCCCCACGCCUGCCACCGCUGCGGCAAGGCCUUCGCCGUCGCCUCCUACCUCCAGCGGCACCUGCGCACGCACGCUGGCGACCAGGGGCCCCCCUCUCCCCCUCCCUCCCCCGCCCCUUCCCCCUCCCUCCGCUCUCCACGCCCUCCACAUUGUCCACACGGUGCCCGCCCUCCCCCCCCUCCACUUGGUUCACACUUCCUGAGUACAUCCUGCCAUCCACCAGGGGGCAGUAGUUGGCGGGGGGGGGUGCAGUACCUCGUCCCAUCCACCAGGGGGCUGGUUGUUGGCAGGGGUGUAUGUGUAGUACCUCGUCCCAUCCACCAGGGGGCAGUAGUUUGGCGGGGGUGGGUGGGGGUGCAGUACCUUGUCCCAUCCACCCAGGGGGCGGCAGUUGGCGGGGGUGCAGUACCUUGUCCAUCCACCAUGGGGCGGUAG